AUGUCCAUGGACAACAGAAAUCACAGUGGCACCCAAUCCCACCCCUCCUCCUUCCUCCUGCUGGGGGUACCAGGCCUGGAAGCCACACACAACUGGCUGGGCUUCCCGUUCUGCGCCGUGUACCUGAUCGCUCUCAUGGGAAACUGCACCAUCCUGUUUAUGAUCAAGACUGAGCAGAGCCUCCACCAACCCAUGUUCUACUUCCUGGCAAUGCUGGCCACCGUUGAUCUGGGCUUGUCCUCGGCCACCAUACCCAAGAUGCUGGGCAUCUUCUGGCUCCGCCUGCAGGAGAUCAGCUUUGGGGGCUGCCUCACCCAGAUGUUCUUCAUCCACAUGUUCACCGGCAUGGAGAGCACGAUGCUCGUGGCCAUGGGCUAUGACCGCUACGUGGCCAUCUGCAAGCCUCUCCGCUACUGCACCAUCCUUACCAAUAAAUCCAUUAGGGUUAUCCUAGGGUUAGCUGUCCUGAGGAAUUUCUCUCUGAUAAUUCCAAUGGUGUUUUUUCUCUUGAGGUUGCCCUACUGUGGGCACCAAAUCAUCCCCCACACCUAUUGUGAGCACAUGGGCAUUGCCCGGUUGGCAUGUGCAAGUAUCAAACUCGACAUCAUUUAUGGUUUAUGUGUCAUCUGCCUUAUUCUUUUGGACAUACUGCUGAUCGCCAUCUCCUAUAUCAGGAUUCUCUACAUUGUCUUCAGAGUGCCCUCCCGGGAUGCCCGGCUCAGAGCCUUGAGCACCUGUGGCUCCCACAUCUGUGUCAUCUUGGCCCUCUACGCCCCGGCCCUCUUCUCUGUCCUCACCCACCGCUUUGGACACAACAAAAUCCCUGGCUACAUCCACAUCUUCCUGGCCAACCUGUAUGUGGUCGUCCCGCCCGCCCUCAACCCCAUCAUCUACGGGGUGAAGACCAAGCAGUUCCGUGAACGUGUAGCCAGCGUUUUCACAAAGAAACCGUCAUUCUGA